GUUGUCUCAAUGUGCGUAAAUGUGUCACGGUAAGCUGCGGCGAGUGUCACGGUAAGCUGCGGCAAGUGUCAAGGCCAUUUAAAUAAAGUUAGUGUUUGUUCUUUUUCUCCUCUUUCUUUCCAUUUCAAUUAUGCCUCAUUGUUGUUAUUCCAAGGGUUCAAAAGAUGGUGACUUUUGCUCAUCAAGUGCUUUUAAUCAAUAUGCGCCUAACAAAGUGAUUGAGCCUAUCCAUUUAGAUAUCAAUCUGCAGUUUGAGGAACUUACAAAGAAGACCUUGAAAGGAAAAGUUACCCUCACUUUUAAACAUACAGGAAAAGCACUCAUUUCAAACAAGAAUGACUUGUCAACAACUGUGCUCAAUGCAGAAGAGUUUGAAAAUGUCAAGGUGAUCAGUGUUGACGGAGAGCAGAUCUCUUACAGAUAUGACGGACAUCUUAUUCAUUUACACUGGGAGACACCAUUUGCUGCCAACGCUGAACGUAAAGUUCUAAUUGAAUAUGAUAUCGAGGAUCCUAUUGCUGGUUUGUAUUUUCAGCAAGAAGAAGACUCAUCGCACUGGGCUGUGACCGAUCACGAAACGGAAAAAGCUCGUUAUUGGUUACCUACAGUUGACUAUCCCACUGUUCGAACUACCUUAACCUGGACGAUCACUGCCCCAGAAAAGUAUAGCUCAUUAGCCAACGGAUCUUUAUUGGAGACGACUACGGUUAAUGGAUUGACAUCCACUCGUUGGGAGCUAACUUACCCUUGUCCAUCCUAUUUGAUUUGUUUUGCUGUUGGUGACUUUAUAUCUGUAGAUGAUGAAGAAGUAGAUGAAAUUCCUAUCAAGUAUUUCACAUCCACGAAAUAUAAGACAGAGGAUCUCAAGAGAACGUUUGAUAAAACGCCUUCAAUGAUCAAAUGGAUUCAGAAAAAAGUGGGUGUUUCAUUUCCCUGGACAAAGUACUACCAGAUUGCCCUUCCAGCAAGCCGCGGUGCAAUGGAAAACAUCUCUCUGGUAACUUGGGGAGAUUAUUUUGUGAUGGAUGAAGUUUAUGCUCUGGAACGCAAGCUAUUUGCUGAUGUUGUCAACAUACACGAAAUGGCACACACCUACUUUGGUAAUCUUCUUGUUAUUCGUCAUUUUGAGCAUGCUUGGUUGAAAGAAAGUUGGGCAAAUUAUAUGGAAUCAUGUUGGAUAGAGGACCAUUUAUCUAAAGAAGAUUUUGACUAUGAUUUGUUCUCUAAUGCCCAAAGUUAUUUUGGCGAAUGUGAAAGAUAUAUGCGUCCCAUCGUUACCCGCAAAUACGAUUCUUCUUGGGACAUGUAUGAUUCACACACUUAUACCGGUGGAGGUUGGCGAAUUCAUAUGCUUCGAAGGCUUUUGGGCGAAGAUGCAUUCUGGACAGCCGUUAAACACUAUGUUGAAAAGUAUUCAUGUAAAACUGUCCAAACAACAGACUUUCAAAAUUGUCUGGAAGAAGCAUCUGGUCUGAAUCUCACUCGCUUUUUUGAUGAAUGGAUAUACUCCAAGGGUCAUCCUAAGCUUAAGGGCACAUAUGAAUACGACAUGAAGGCAAAUGUUGUAAAGGUCACGCUGACUCAGACUCAAGUUGAUGCAGAUAACCAGAUCCCUCUCUUUGCAUUUGAUUUAGAUAUUGAGCUGACAACGUCAGGAAAGAAGACUGAGACUGUUACUGUAACAUUUGACAGAGAAGACAAGGUUACUGCUAUUAUUGCAUUACCCAAAGACGUUAAACCUGCUGCAAUUCGAAUCGACCCUGAGAACAAAGUUUUGUUCACUUUGGAUAUGUCUGCUGAACAAGAUAUUUUGAUUGAAACUGCAAAAAAUGCUAAAGAUAUCGUCAAUCGUAUCUGGGCAUUCUCAGAAUUAAUCAACAAGGCCACUAGACCUGCCUUAAAGGCCGUACGUGAAUUGAUUAAAGAAGAGCCAUUUUACGGUGUUCGUGUUCAAGUGGCGAGUAAACUUGCCAAGUUAAAUAGCACCCUGAGCAUAGAUAUACUUGCAGAUAUGUUGACAACAGAGAAACACCCUUUAGCUCUUGCACCCAUUGCCACUCAAUGCAAAACACAGGACAAUAGACUUCGUCAAGCAUUGAUCAACUUCCUUCAAAGAGAAAAUCUCCCCUACAUUGCCCAUGGUAGUGCUCUCAUUUCUCUUGGAUCUCAACGAAACAAAGAUGAUUUAUCCUACCUGAUCCAAGUAGCACAAGAUGACAGUAAAAUUGGGCAGCAUGCACUUGUCCGAUCGGGCGCCUUGACAGCUUUGGGUAAACAUCGUAGUAAAAACGCCUUUGAGUACCUUCUUGAGCGUGUAGAAAGUGGUAAAGAACCCCUUCGUGCUAAGCCAUUCAUAAUCAGAGCUUUGGUUGAAUCAUCCCCCUGGCAAGAAGAACUUUUACAGAAACAAGUGAAUGAGAUACUACUCAAGCUGAUAAGACACUUUGAUCGUCAGGUACGCUCUGCCGCUGUUGCUGGCCUUGCUAAUCUGAAGGAUAAGUCUGCGUAUGAAGCUAUCGAGUCCACUCGUUGUAUGUAUGCAAAAGACGAUCAAUCAUGGAUGAAUCGUCAACUAAAGAAAUUGAAGAAUACUAAAUCUGCUGGUGAAGAAGUUUCCAAGGAGCUAAUUGAGAAACUUGAAGAACGCGUCAAAAAGCUAGAAGAUGAACUUUAUGCAAUCAAGGUUGAAAAUGAAGUCAAUUCUAAAGAAUCCGAACAGGAAAGCAAAUAAUACUUCUUCAGGAACUAUUCGCACACAAUUUAAAACCAACAAUAAUUACACUUUAGUUGAUUAUUAAUCCUUUCUUUAUUAUUUAAAAGACAACGAAUUUUAUCUUUUUCAGAGAAGAUAAAUGUGGCCAACACUUAUAAAAAACUUGAACUGAAAAAGCUGUUGUCUCAUUUGUUGUCUGAAAUUAUCAU